UAGAACUUCAUUUCCCACAAUGCACGGCGGUCUCUUGAUAAACGCACACUUACACACCCCGACCAGGCAGGAAGCCCAGAGCGGCGUCGACACACGGAUCAGAUCGUAAAGGUUUUUCUUGAAGCUGAAAAUGAGUGAGAGCGCAGAUGAUGACGGGGUGCAGGUGGAUAUGGAGUCCUCUACGUAUUCUCAGGUGGUCUUUAUUGACGUUCCUCGUUCUUAUCCACUCAACACUCAUGUGACCUGCUGUUACAAGAUGACUGGAGACCUGAUCCCCAGCUCUAAAGACUGGAUAGGAAUAUACAAGGUUGGCUGGGAUUCAGUCCAGAAAUAUUAUUGUUAUCAAUGGACAACGGCUUGUUUGGACUAUAAAGGACUUGAACCCCUUACACAGCAAAUUUUCUUUAAGGAAUCCUAUCUCCCUAAAGAUGACGGUGAGUUUUAUCAGUUCUGCUAUGUGGACAGCAGUAGUAAGGUGCGAGGAGCGAGUACACCUUUCUGCUUCCAAAACCCAGCAGAAACGACCGUAGACUGCAGCCUUUUAGUGAUCUCAACACAGGAACAAGUGGAGCAGAAGGAGAGGGAAAUGGAGGCCUUACUGACUGAGAUGGAACACACAAGAGAACAGAACACAAUUUUAAAAAAUAAGCUGGAUGAAGCACUGCGAGAAAUCUAUCAUCUCAGGAUGAACAAUGAUAAGCUGAAGUCUAAUAGUACAAGUGAAACAUUUUCACUAAAAGAGCAGCCUGAAAGUCCGGAGCUGGAUACCAUGGAGCAGCCUUUUCUUUCGGAUAUUGUGGCAGAAACCAAACCAGAAAAUGAGUCACUGAACUCCAUGCGUGGGAAGUAUGACAACGCGGUUCUGAAGAUUAAUAGGCUGAAGCAAGAGAAAGCCCUACUCACUCAAGUGAACAAGCAGAAAGAUGCAGAGAUUUCAGAACUAAGGCCCAGGGCUGAAAAAGCAGAACAGGACCUUAACAGAAUACAAGAUCAGUGCCAACUUCAACAGGUUGAUAUACAGAGUGUUCAGAAAGAGAAUGAAAGGUUGAAUACUGAAAAUGAGGGAAUGAAAUGUGACCUGGAGAGACUGCAGGAAGAGAUCAAGGCAUUAAAAGUGACCUUGUCAAAGCAAAGGCCUCCUGAGGGAGACAAAAAUGACCCAAAGAUUUUGACCCUGACUAAUGAGCUUGCAGAAGUCCGAGGGGCACUGCGCAAAGAGAUUUUGAACAGUAAUGAGGCGAACAAACGUGCAGAUAAAGCGGAGUUGGAGCUGAAAGAAAUGAAGAUGCAGCUUGAAAAAAGGACUGUGGCUGAGGAAAGUCGGAGAGAGUUGGAGAUCGCUGAAGCUCAGAAAAGAUACACUGAACAGGCAAACAUAGCAGAGGCCUCACGAUUAGAAAAAGAAAAGCUGUCAAAGGAAAACAAGAAAUUUAAGGAGGACAUUGCAAGGUUACAGACAAUGAUAUUUGAGCUGUCCUCAAGGUCAAAUGUAAGCAACGCUCAGCAGCAACAAAACCCCCUCAGUCCAACACCUGCAUCUCCCAACAACACCCAGCAGCAACCACAGUCUGACCCAUAUUUCUUUGAGGACAAUCGUGGACCUUUUGGAAAUCCCGAUAAUGCAGGAAAAAAGGCAAAGGUGUGCCGUCACUGCCAAGAAAGCUUUCCUGAUAUUACCGAAGAAGAACUGGUGACACAUGAGCAGUCUCAUAAGGUGUGCCCUUUCUGCACACUCAUUUGUGAUGACUGUGGACAGCAGGAGUUUGAAGACCAUGUCUACAGCCAUGAGGAAUAGACAUGCCACCUGAAAUGUAUACUCAUAUCUGCAUGGAUAACAUAAACACAUGUACCACUUAUUCAUAUUUCUUAACAUUUGUUGUUAUUUUAAAGUCUUUCUGUGAUAUUUAUAUUAUGUAGUUUGAUGGUAUAUGGCAGGGUCUUUGGAAGUGUGGUGUAAAGGUGGUAAUACUGGGCAGAGCCGGAGACAGGGAAUUAAUAAAGAAUCUAAAUAUA